CUCUGAAGAAUGGAAGAUUUCUACAACACAACUUCACAGAACAGCAGCGAUGAAUACGACGGAGAGCAAUUAGAAAUCCCAGAUGUCAUAUAUGUGACAAAUUGGAUCGUCCUCUGCAUCGGCCUUCCUCUGACCAUACUGGCCAUCUAUGCCCUGUAUUCUCUGGUGAGAACAAAUCAUGUUGCUCCAAUCUACGUCAUCAACCUCCUCAUCUCUGACCUCAUUCAGUUCUGCUGCAUGAUCAUUCGGUUGACAAGACCUGAGGAUGAUCUGAUCAUCUUUGUCUCUGUCUGUAUUUAUGGCAUAGCUCUGAUGGCCAGUGUUGGCUUCAUGACAUGUGUCGCUGUGGAAAGGUAUCUGCUUAUCGCCUGGCCACUGUGGUACCGCUUCAAACGAAGUAUCAAGACCUCUGUUGUGGUGUGUGUCAUGGUCUGGGUCUCUCCCUUUUUCUGGGGCUUUGUUGCCUUUCUGGCAUCUGAUUUCAUGGACCCAUUUCAUCUCCUCUCCAUCUACCUCCUCCUCCCCUUCCCCGUCCUUAUCUUCUCUCUGGCUGGGACCUUCAAAGCACUGUCUGCUGCCACCUCAGUCUCCUCUGAGGAGAAACGCAGAAUCGUUGGAGCUUUGAUUCUGGUGUUGUUAAAUUACACAUUGUUGUUCCUUCCCUCACUCAUUCAGCUCUUGUCUGAAAAGGCCAGAGAGGAUGAAAACUUCAGCAUCCUGUCUUUUUCCAUAAUCCAGUUCAGUCCUCUUGCAGACUUGGUUCUGUAUGUCUUCAUGAGGAAAGGGGCUUUUGACAGGCUGUUGGCCUGUCUGUGUUGCCGCAAGUCAGAAACACAACAAACAUCAGGUCAGACCAUCACUGUCAGUGAUGAUGUCGAGGCUUAACCAUCACUUGAGGUCAUCAUCAGGAAAAUGAAACCUGUGUCCUGGACCCUUUCCCACAUCCCUGAUAAAAUCAAACCUCUCUGCCAUACAGUAAGUCCAAAAACAGUAAACCACUCCCCUCAGUCUCACUUUGGUCCAUCUGCACUUCAAACUGCUGUCAUCAAACUACUUCUUAAAAACCCACCCUGGACCCAGAAAUGUCUGCCAACUACAGAGCCAUCUCUAACCUCCCGUUUCUCACUAAAGUGCUGGAAAACGCUGUUGCCAUUCAGCUUCAGGACCAUCUACACCGACACAAUCUAUUUGAAAAAUUCCAGUCAGGUUUCCGUUCCACCCACAGCACAGAAACAGCUCUGGCCAGGGUCACAAAUGACCUUCUGAUGGCGGCGGAUUCUAGCUGGACUGUGUGGUACUGCCUUGGACUAGUUCACGUCAUGUCUUUCUGGGAAGACAGAAUAUGUCAGCCUGGCUGGUGCUAAGUCCCAGUUGCUUCCUGUCACCUGUGGAGUCCCUCAAGUGUCCGUCCUCAGGCCGAUCUUAUUUAUUUUAUAUGCUUCCCCUCGGUCAUGUCAUCAGCCGCCAUGGAAUCUCUUUCCAUUGCUACACUGAUGACACACAGCUCUAUAUCAAGCCCCGUCUGCUGCCCCACCAUCCUCAUCACUGUCAUCACCACUGUCCACCCUUACCACCUGCCUGGAGGAAAUAAAGGCAUGGAUGAGCCAAAACUUCCUCCAAUUAAACAGCUCCAAAACUUAAGCCGUACUUGUUGACACCCACAUCAGGUCCAGUCAUUCCCCAUAAACACCGUCACUUUUUCCGAACCCGACAUUCUCCUCUCAUCUGCAGUUACCAACCUUGGUGUGAGUCUGGACCCUCACCUAACAUUUAAUAAUCUUGUUAAACAUCUGUGUAAAUCAUCUUUUUCCCACCUUAAAAACAUCGCCAAACUCUGUCCGUUAAGCUGUCAUUUGAAGAUUUGUCAAAAUAAUAUAUAUUUCUUGAUGAUUGUGUCUGUCUCUCUGCUGUACUGUGCAUGCAUGUUAUAAAUGCCUGUUUCCAUGGGUCCUUUUAUUAUGUGCUGUAUGUUGUAUUCACUUGGUCCUCCUUGGUUCAAUGACUGGUGAAAAUUUUAGAAGAGCACUUUGAUAUUAGUCCAGAAGAAGAUGCAGAUAAACAGGCAUUACUGCUGCUGUGCCAGUCUUUCAUUACUCACUGAAACAACAGCAAACACCAAGAAGGUGCUGAUAACACUGUCUGUCAGUAACACCUAUGAUUGAUCUAUUUUAUUGCCCCCUGGUUGUUCCUGUUCUCCACUGAUAAUUGGAGAAUUCUCAUGACCA